CCCGCCAUAUUUAGCAGUAAUCCAGAGAAAGCUCAAGAAUGUAUGAAAGAGGAAUAUGCUCUACAUGCUACAAACGUCUUGGUGGGGUUGUGGCAACCACAUUCCCCGCAUCCUAGACCGGGCGCCCAUGGAGCAACGAUGUUCCUGUGAACCGAAAGUCUGGGGCCCGCUGCAAACCCUGAGUGAGUGGCGUGGUGGUUUUGUAGGACAGUAGUUGGAAAAUAAAUAAUGUAGUUGGAAGAUUUACAAUGUAGUUACUUUGACUAUGAUGGUAAAAGAAAUAGUGAUGUCUGCUGAAGAAUUGGGGCAUAAGAAGGCGACACCAUAUGUAGAAUGAUUAGCAAUUCUAAAGUUGGGAGA